GUUUUCGCAAGGAAUCGCCUUUCCAACCUGAGAGCGCCAUGGGCACCUCAGAGGUGGUGGUACGGUUCGGAAGGCGCUGUGGACGGGCGAAGGAAAUCACGGUGACCUCAUUAGAGUCUUGGGUCUGCUGUGAAACUACUGAGUGCUCUUAGGAAAGCGUCUGAAGGAAAUGUCUCAAUUUCUUCAACUCUAAAGUGAAGAAAUAAAGAACUAUGAAGAAGAUCAAGUUCUCUAUCCACCUCUUCUACCCGACAAAGUAGAUCUCCGGCAGGUCACCAUAAUUCCACACAAUGAGUGGGAGAGGAUUCGAGAUAGCCUUGACAGUUUGACAAGAGAGGCAGCACACCUUCGUGCAAAAAGAAAGGCAAAGAAAGAAAUGCAUUUCCGAUCCCAAGAAGUGGUAAAGCAUUGGACUAAUACAUACGCAAACUACAUAUGUCUUUGCUGUGCCCUUUUUUGUGCCUCUGCAAGAUUCUCUACCUAAGAGGUACAGUAACCAGCAGUUUAGUUCCAUGUACAUGAGUGGGAAACUACCUCAAAAUAGGGAGGGGAUGAGAAAACAGAAACUCGAAGCCAAAAAGAAACGUGAUGAAGAAAUAGAGGCAGAAAGACAAAUUCUUGAUGUGGAAGAAGCAAUAUACAAACAAGGAGAAAGGAAAAAGGCCAUCGAAUAUGCAAAACAAUAUCAAUUUUACCAGACAGAAAGAGUGAAAAACUUUCAUUCAGGACUUCUUCUUAGUAGAGUUAUGAAGGAACGUGAUGCACAGAUUGAAUUCCAAAAAAGUAAAAUAAAAUCAGAUAAAAAAUGGGAGGAACAGUUGAAACUAAACAUUGAAAAAGGUUUUAAAGAAGAACAAGAAAAAGCAGAAAAGCAACGCAGAGAUAGACUGGCUCUUGCCAAAGAUCAUUUAAAACAAAUAAAGGAACACGAAGAGGAAGAAGUAAGGAGGAGAAAACAGGAAGAAAAGGAUGCUGAGGAAAUAAAGCAACAGAAUUUAUUGUAUGAAAUAGAAAUGAAAAAAAAACUAGGAAUGAAAAAAGAAAAGAUCAAUGAAAGCAGGAGACUCUUUUUUGAACAUCUGAAUGAUAAAAAUGUCAUCAAAGCUAUAGAACGGCAGCAGCAAGAGGAGGAAGAUGAAAAGAUUAGAAAAUUUAUCAAAGCUAAAAAGCGUCUUACACAAAUGGGGAAAGAAAAAGAAGCUGAAACACACAGGCUAAUGGAGGAACGGAGAGAAAGAAUAAAUAAUUUCCUGAGUAAACUAAUGAAAGAGAAAUUUGACAAUGAAGAUUUGAUUAUUGCUAGAGAUAUUGCAGAAGCUGAGGCUGAAUGGGAAAAAAGAGAAAGAGAAAAACAUGAAAAAAACAAAGCAGAAUUAAAAGCAAUUGCAGAACAUAGAGCUGUUGUGAUGAACAAUAAAGAGGAAGAAGAAAGACGAAGAAAAAUAGAGGCUAAAGAACAAUUGCUAGCCAUCCUAAAAGCAGACCAGAUUUUCUGGGAGCAUGAAAAGGAGAAAAAACGGAAAGCUGACAAAGAACGUAGAGAAGUUCAAGAUGCCCAUAUUCAGCAAAUGGCCAAAAAUAAGUUUAAAGUAAAGCAAGCAAAACAAGCAGAAUUAGAGGACUGCAGACUUACUGAAGCUCUCAUUGCUGAAAAGGAGAAGGAAUUUCAGGAUUAUGCCAGAGAAGUAAUUGAACUCGAGUCUAAAUCAACAAAUAAAUAUAUGCAUCCUCUUGUAAAAGCUGUACAGGAAGGACCCGGAGGUGGUCAUGGACCAGUUUUUGUGGACAGAGGUGGAUUAAGACCCAGCUAUCAGGUCAAUGAUAUCACUGGAGUGCAGCUCCCUUUUUAUAACUCUCAGGGAUCAAAAUAUAAUAAUUUUCAAAAGUCAAAGGGAAGGCUAGGUUUUACAUGGUAGAAAAAGUUUAUUUUUAAGAUUAAGAAGACUAAGUUGUAGCUAAUAUUCAGCUACAAAUUCAAGUGAUUAUGCUUAUAAUUUUGUUAAUAAAGCUGCUUUUCAUCUAAG